CUCCGCUUCCUUUGAACACAACAGAGUCUAAGCGAUGCCAUCCGAAGGUGCCUACACUUUAACUCUGAUAUUUUGCCACAAGCGAUUCUUGAUCAGCAGCUAUUUUGCUAGAGUACCAAAAGAAGCCCUAAAAAACAGUUUCUCUCUAUUCUCCAGGUGUUGAAGUGUUUUCGAAUCCCCUGGCUCCUCCGUCCUCUUCGGGCUCCUACACAUCUCAUCAUGGCGGAGGGUACGUGGCGUGAACUAAGUUUUUUCUAUGUGGCUUAACUAUUAUCAUUAUUUAUCCAUAGGCUGUUUUCUGUAACAUAUUAGCAGCAAAACCACAAAGUACAACGGUAGCUUAUGAAUUUUUGCCUCUUGAUAUCUAUAAAAUUAUGGAAAUCUUCGAUCAAGAAAAGCUCAAUGCAUGGUUUGGAUCACGGUCGCUAACACGAAACUUUUAUAAAUACCCAACAAUUCUCAGAUAUUCACCACCCUUUUUGCUUCGAUAGAUUUAGGAAAUUCUUGAAUAGUUAAUUCUACCUGAUGAAGAUCUGAAUCAGUGAGUCGAGGAAUUAUACGAAGAACGAUUUGUUUGUAUAUAUUUAGGGUGUCUGCAGCUGCUUUGACGAAUGAAGAUUUUCGUAAACUUUUGAUGACCCCUCGUUCUGGGGUGCCAUCUGUAGCUCCACCGUCGACAAAGUCAUCAAGUCACAGCAGUAAAAGUGUACCAAGCAGUAUCUAUUCACAUCGUAGCAGUAGGUGAGCGGUCUAUACUUGGUGUGUUAAUAUAUAUAUAUGUUAAUAUAUAUAUAUAUAACAAAUGAACUUGUGGUAUUUAAAUUUUGAGGGUUUUCAACUUUUUUCAGUUAACCUGUGGGAAGCUGUUCAAACGAAAACUUAGAAAAUGCCAAUCUGAAAAGUUAACUGACCAGCAAAAUUUUAAUGCCACAUGUAGUGAUGAGGAAGUAAAGUGUGAUGUCACAUGUAAAUUAAGUCCAAGUCAUAGGAUUAAUUAAAAGCCUGCAAGCAACAGCUGCUGUAAGUAGUUGGUUUUAGGAUAUUCCGAAGAUAUUUACACAGCAAAAACAAUGCAUUCUUAAUUUGUCUUUAGGAUCCCACCAGAACUUUUGUAUUUGUUCAAUUUUUUAGAGAAUAAUAUAGAAACAACCCUUAAACUCCCAGGUCAAAUUUGUAAUUCUCCUUACUGUCAACUAUACAGUUCUUAUAAUGUUACUUCAGAGAAUUAAGUAUUGGAUCAACUUACUAUCCCUAAAUUGAUAUCCCCUGGUAACUCAAACAAGAUCUGAUUUCCGUUGAUGCAUUUUUCAGUCAUUCAGUCUCAGUUAACAUGAACACCUGCUUACUCAAACAAUUUUUUGUUUCCCUUGGAAAUUCAAGUUAAAGGGGUUCUACUGUAUUUUGUCAAACAAUACCAAUGCAUUUAUAAGAAAAUAGGAAAAGAAGUAAGGACAAAAAUAUUAUAUAAGUGAGGUUACAAACCUUGUUUUAUUUUCACACCAAAUCAUCUUUCAAAACCAUGUUAGGAAAUACAUGGUAUCCAGAAAGAAUAAUUCCAAUUUAGAUCCUUGGAGUUAAUUGGUAAUAAAAGAUUAAAUUUCACACCUACCUUCUUAAACAGAGAUGAUGAUGAUGAUGAUGAUGGUGACGUUGAAGGAGAUGAUGAUGAUCCUUGGUCAAGAAGGAGGAAAAAGAAGAAGUAAGUGGAGUCAAUUAAAUACAGUGUUCUCCUUGUACCUAGUAAUAAACUAGGACAAAAUUGCAAAAGGGGUAAGUUUCUAUAGAAAUUCUGGUGCUAUGCAGUUUUCUUUUUGGUGGAGGAGGGGGUGUUAUAUAACAAGUUGGUUAUAAUGUGAAUUGUGUUGGUCACCACAAAGAGAUUCUAAAACUGACAUUUAGAAUGCUAACCCUUUGUCAGAGGAAAUCCAUUAUUGUCUCAAUUUGUGUUUUAACAUCCUCCUUUUGUCUAGAUAUUAUGCAAAACUCAAAAAGAUGGAGGAGGAAAGAGAGCAGGAGCUUGCAAGUAAAUACAGAGAUAGAGUGAGUAACGGUGAAUCUCAUUGAGAAGGAGCAUCUGUCUAAUCUCAUAAUGUAAAAAAGUUGUGUUUUGCUUGAUCUCCUGUUAUAAAUCUUAUAAUUUUCAAUGGGAAUUGUGAUUGGUCAAGUAACAGGGUCCUUCUCUACUUCAGCAUCUGUUGCCAAAAGCUGUAAGUUUUGAUCUAUUACCAGUAUUUCUGAACUGUACCUGGUUUGUCUCACUAUUCUUGUCACCCUAAGCCAAUUUGUAAAUUUAAAGUAGAUCCUCAUUUUUCCCCUUUGGUUAAUGGUGACUUACCAUGCUUUUUGGUCUUGUAUCAAUACAGAUAAAAACUGGAUCAUUUUCAUAAUUGUAAGUUACUGAGCUAAGAAAAGGUAGUGAGACUGGAUUUUGUUUUAUCUUACUUUGCUUUUUUUUGUUGUUGUUUUUUUUAAGGCAAGGGAACGACGAGAUGGUCUUAAUCCUGACUACCAAUCAACAGACACCCUAAGUGCAACAGCCAAUUACAGAGCAGUAGGUCCCACAGCAGAGGCAACGUAAGACUGGAAAGCUUUUAAUUCUGAUAUAUGUUUUUCAGAUAGUGUGUGUCCUACUCCAUGAAUCCUGUUUCAUGAGUCCUGUUUUAUAACAUUUCAAAAUAGCAGGUUUUGAUAAUUUUUAUUGACUUAUAUUACAGCUUGAUUUUUUCCUGGUAAAUUUUUUGUAAUUUAUAUUUGUACAGAGAAAAAAAAAUCUGUUUGUGCAAACCUUAUUAUCAUACAUUGCUGUACUGUAUAUGUAGAACAAAGAAAAAAAAAUUAAAUCAAAGACAAAACAUAAUCAGAUCAUAUGUAAAGUCAGAGCUGGUGCUCUGCCAGUAGGGAUUAUCGGACAUAAUGCUUGUUGUUCUCUGAUGAGUCAGAUUUUUAACUGUUCACAUAUCCCACUACAGGAACACUGCAGCAGAGCGCCGUCGCCAAGCUAUCCAGGAGAGUAAGUUUCUUGGUGGUGACAUGGAGCACACUCAUCUUGUGAAAGGCCUUGACUUUGCCUUGUUACAGAAGGUGAGUUUAUAGGGUCCACUAUUUACUCCAAAUUUUACAGUAAGAAUAAAGGGGUUAAGUUUCUAAAGGGAAAGAGGGUAUAACAAGAUAAUUUGGUUUAAUCAACUAAGUUGAAAAUGUAAGCUGGCCAAUGCAUAGAGUUUGUAAAGCUGAAAUUUUGAGUGUUAGCACUUUGCUAGAGAAAAAGCCCUUUAUCCCUUGCUUUGAGGAAGGGUUGAUACUCAAAAUGUCAGCUCUUAUUUACCAUAUUUCUGGAUAAGGAGCAAGUUUGCUUUAUGUUGGGCAUUAGCAUUUUAAGGAGUUGUAUGUACUGAUUUACUGAUAGUCUAGUCUGGAGUUAUCCUGGUUUAGGAUAUUUGUUUACAAGCUUUGUCAGAGUUAGCAGGAGAAUAGCCUUAGACUAAGUGUACAAUAACAAUACAAUAUUCUUCACACAUGAGAAAAUAAAGAAAACCUCAGACAAUGAAAAUUUUCCUCAACAUUCUACAUAGUAGCCUAAAAUCCCUGCCAAAUUUCAAUACUUGUGGUUGUUCACUUGAUCAGAAGGAUUCCUAGGGAGGUUAUUCAAUCCCUAUGCCUUUGCUUAUUCUGCUUGGUCUUUGUAGCAUUUAGCUGUUGGCACAGGGAACCCAAGUUCUAACUGCAAGAUGGGUUUAAAAUUUUUUCUUGCAAUGACCAUUGUUUCUUACUUUGUUUUUUUGGUUUAUUUAGGUUCGUAGUGAAAUUGCAGAGGAAGAUGAGGAAAAUGAGGAGCUGAGUGUUAAAAAACCAAAAAACAAACAAAGGGACAAGUAUGUACACAUGUACUAGUUUGUGGCCUUAGUCAUUUCAGAAUGACUAAAAAAUUGUUAUCUUUACUUAUAUUUGGGUAGAAAAGCUCAAAUCUAUUCAGAAAUACUUGGGUCUGAUUGUUUUUGUUUGUCUACAGGGAAGAAGAAGAUGAUGCAAAUGAGAUUGAGUUUACUACAAAACUGGGUAAACUAUUGAUUAUUGCUUCAUGUCAUGGGGAUGUUGAUCCUUAGUCUGAAUGUCCAGUGAGGGGAGUCCUGAAUAGAAGUGUUGUCAGUGAUGUUGAUGGACACCUAAAAAACUUAUCAGAAGUCAUCAUCAGAGUUGUAAGAAGUUCUUUUUAAGUCACACGUCAGGAUUACUUGAGCUCAGGAAGUGAUUUGGAAACACCAAUCAUAUUGUAACCAUCAACAGUCCUUUUUUUUUUAAUGAAAGUAUCCAAACAGCUUCUUGCAGAAAUUAAAAUAUUUUUGUUGACAAAACUUCUUUCAAUUAUUUUUGGUCCACAGGUCAAAAGAUCUACAAAUCACUGUUCAGAAAUCGCCCAGCAGAUAGAAAUGAACUAUUUCAGCCAGGGCGAAUGGUAUUGAUAACUUAACUACUGUUUCAGUCACUGUAGUUCAUUGACUUUGUUUAAAUUUUGUGGACAGCUUUUAGUAGAGCAAUGAGAAGGUUUAUUUUCAGUUAUUACUUCACACUGACUGGCCAUACAAAUGCUAUAAAUGUACUUGACUAAAAGGCCCAUUGGUGGGGGAGGGAAGGGGGCUAACUGAUUAAUUUAUUGAUCAAUUGUUUUUGGGCCUCUAAGCUGGGUGAUCAUCAGGGAGGAAUACUCUUUAGGGAUGGGUUGAGGCCUAGUUUAAGCUCACUGAUAACCACAAGGUCAGCCAUUGUUAUCUUCUCAACUUUCUCUGUACAGCUUGUCGUUUAGUGGUUGGAAAAACCUACUGCACAAUAUUUCAAAUGGAACUACUGAAGACCUCUAAUUACACUAAUUGCCUUGAAGUGAAACCUACAGUAGCUUGUUAAAUUAAAUUAAAAAAAGUACAGUAUAGCACUCUUAUUUUGCCUGUUUUUUUUUUUGUAGUUUUUCUGUAGGGGAUGGGGAAGGGGGAGGGAAUGGCUCAUUAGAGGACAGGUGUAAUGGGAUGUCAUUGUAAACAUAAUUUUCCUUUUUUCAAUUUAGGCAUAUGUGUUUGACAUUGAAGAUGAAUAUGCUGAAAGUGAUAUACCCACAACUCUUAUUAGGAGUAAAGCAGAUUGCCCUGGAAUUGAAGUAAGUCAUAUCGUUGAAAUCCUGUCCUCUCAUUUUGUGAUGUUAGGGUAAAGGAAUUUAAGGAGUUUGGAUACAGUGUUAUACACCCAUUUGAAAUGAUUUAAGGAAGCUUGAAAAAAUCUCCUGAAAACUAAAAUACAAGCUAUUUUGAUCCAAUGUAUUUAAAAAAACACAUCAUAUGCCAUACCAGGAUGAAAUAUCUUGUGUCUUCACUGUUAAGCUUCCAUUAUUGUUUUUUCUAGACUCAAGCUACACUCACCACCAAUGACAUUGUCAUCAACAAAUUGACCCAGAUUUUGUUGUACUUACGCCAAGGCACCAGAGGAGGGAAAAAGGUCAAGAAGAAAGAUAAAGGUAUCUUUCCCUCCACACACAACCCUUUAACUCCCAGACCAAAUUUGAAAUUCUCUUUACUGUUGACCAUACAAUUCUUAUAAUGUUAGUUUGGAGAAUUUAGUAUUGGAUCAACUAACUAUCCCCAAAUUGAUAGUUUUCUCUAUUCUCAUCACUUGUCUGGUUGAUAUUGUAUUGAUAUUGUAAGGAGAAAUUCUGUCUUGGUCACUCAUGGGAGUUAAAGGGUUAAACAUUGGAACUCAUAUUCUCCACACCGUUCUCUUUAUGUUACCUCUCAUCUCCUCUAUUCCCAUCACCUCAAUGUUCGAUACAGGGUCAAUAUUGUAUGGGAAAUUUUAUGCCAAUCACUCUCGGAGUUUUAAGGGCUACACUUGCACUGCAAUAUAAAGGCUUGCAUGUCUUGUAUUUUGGAAAGCACACAGGACUGUCAAACUCAGGAACUCAGGUAGCAUUAUAAGUUUCAGUGAAUGAUGAUAUCCUCUAAAAUGCUGUCAUGCUGAAGAGGUGACCCUUUAAAAAAGCAAAAUAUGGUAAACCUUUGCAGAUUAAUUUUCAACUUGUAUCAACACUGCAUUUUUUCUAUUUAAUAUUUAAAUUUUGUAAAUACCAGUUACUUUGAAUAGUCCAUAUACAUUUUGAAUCUUUUAAAGGAUCUGAGUUACUUUUAGUAACAAGUUUCUAAUAUAUUCCAUGUGUAGCAAAGGAGAAGGACAAGAAUGACAAACAAGGACAGAGGAUACGUGCUCCUGAAGCUGAUGAUAGGUGAGAGCUGAUAAUGAGUGGAUGUUUUAAGAAUAUUACAUAAUGUAGCUUAACAACUGUGUUGCUAAGUGGAGGUUAGGUGCCUGAAACAUCCAGGAGCUUCCACUAUUGGCAGCCAGCUCUUAGAUGGCUGGCAAAUCCUUGCAACCCAGCCAUGACCCAAGAAAGUGAAACAGGCAUUUGUGAAUAAACAGUGGAAAGAGGGAGGGAAGGGGUAGGAAAAGCUGCCUGGACAAUGAGCUAUCACUCCUCAUGACACUGCAAGUUCACGCUCAAAGCACCCCCAAGAACACCUCAAAUAAAGAGCACAUAGAAUUAUGACGCAUGCACAUUUGCAAAAAACCGCUGACUUCCAGAGAAUGCUGAUGCUCUUUGUUGUAACCUCUGUUAAAUUGCAUUUAACUGCAUUUAAAUUUUCCAUAUCAUAGGAAAAAUUUUGAUCAUGCCUUUUUUUUUUUGUGAAGGCUUUAUGCUCAGUUGUUCACUCCCUUUUCUCUAACAAAUCAGUGCCCAUUGAUUAACCCUUUACACCUUAACGGCAGUGUGCACAUUCUGUGUACUAGUCUUUGUGCAUUCCCUAUAGAACUAGCAUGCAGAAUUCAAGAGCAACUUCUGUUAACAAUCAUUUUCUUUACUCCUGUGGCCUUAAUUGGUGCAACAGUGAUAGUCAGUUGUGGACAGAGUGUAUUAUCGAUCUCAUUAUAAUUUCUUAAAGUCAAGUUUUGACUGCUGUACCUAAUAGCCAUCUGCAUGAAGUCAAUGAUAAUAUUAUCAUUUAACAUGGUUGCAUUGCUUAAUUGAAGCAUCUUUGGAGAAAUUGGCGAGUAUGAUCCUACUUCAAGCACAAAAGAAUAUGAAAAGAAAGAAAAGGCAAAAGAAAAAGACAGAAAGAAAUCCAGGAACUCUAGCAGCUACUUUGAGAAGUCUGCUGCAGGAGAGGAUGAGGUAUGAAUGUGAAACUGAUCUUUGAAGUAAUUUUGCAGCAGGGAGUAAUGAUGUAGCAAGAUGAGGUAUAUAAACAUAAAACAUGAGCUGGAUAUGUCACUGCUGGAAAGGAAGGGGGGGUUAGAAGUGGAGAAUUAAAGGUGAAUGGAGCCAGGAGAACAGUGUACUAGCUAGGAGAUCUCAGAGGGCCACUCAAACUAGUUAGAGACUAUUGAAUAGAGGAAGUUUUAACACAGUAUGUUACAUUAUUUUACUCUGAAAAAGUACCCUUCUUCUGUUUUGAAUUACAUGUAGUUUUCUGUUAGUGCUAGUGUUGUGAUGAAUUUUAAUAAUCAUCAUGGUGACCAUAAUCAUCACUAUUUUUAUUGCUUCCUUCAUAUGAUUGAUUACAAUUAUUAUGUUUUAUCAAUGCAUUCUUUUUUCUUUUUUUUUACAGCAACAGUUUAGUAAAAAAGGUAGGAGCUUACCAUGUGAAUAUUUUGUUGUUGUUGUUUUUCUUUCACAAAUUUAGAAUCUUGUUUUAAAAAUUAAUAUAUUAUUAUAUAUUAUAAAUGAAAUUGUUUAUGUCUUACACCUUUUGUUGAAUUUCAGCAAACAGAAACCCAAAGCAGUUAAUUUCUAGACUGAAAUGAUCUUCAAAGCAUGUAACACUUGUCAGCUAGCGGCUGUUGUCUUGAUAUAAAAUGAUCAGAGGAGCUUAAAGGGAGAAUUACAAAAUCCAUCAGUUUUUGGGGUUACAUUGCUAAUCAGAACUUUUAUGAUAAGAAUUUUUCAAAUCUGUUUUGAUAGCAAGUCAUUUCUCUCCUUCUAUGUAGACGUUUCUGCUGAAGAUUUUGCUAAGUCAGUCACACAGACGUUUGGCAAAAGGGUAUGUUUAAGAGUUUUCUGUAACUUCUGUAUUUUUCAAAAGGACAAAAAAACUUUUUCAUUUUUCAUCAUUUUUGUAACUUGUCAUGGUCUUGUUUUGGCAGGAAAUGGAACAAAGAGCUGCUUGGGAUUCAGUUGAUCCAAAGUAUCCUGUCAAACAAAUAAUUUAUUUAUUAACAAGACAGUUACUAACUCAAUCCUUUAACUUCCUGCUGAGAUUAACAUGUAACUUCUUCCAAUAAUGUCCAUACAUUAUUGAGCAAACAGGUAAUGAGAAUACUCAACCUUAUCAGGUGUUAGUUAUCUCGAUCUAACACCAAAUUCUCAUAACUAAAUUACAAGGAAAUGUACAGCUAGAGGGGAGAAACAACAACCAGAUCUUGGGAGUUCAGGGUUAAGUGUACACAUCUUUAUAAUCAAUUCAUGAGGAAGUUGGAAGUUACAAAUAAAAUAAUUGUGAGACAAGCGAUAAGAAUAAAGAAAAAUUUCACUUAAGGAUUAUUAGUUGAUCCAAUACCAAAUUCUCUGAACUAACAUCAUAAGAAUUGUUUAAUAGACAGGAAGGAGAAUCAAUUACUGAGAUCUUGGGAGUGAAAGGGUUAACGAAACUAAGCCACAUUCAUUUGAAAGCUUGGACUUUUUACUUUAAAAGUGUUAUUUUUGCGGAUUUAGCAACAUAGUACAUUUUUCCAACACUUGGUGAUAGUUGAACUUAACUCCUUCAAAGACGAAAGAAAAGAGACAAACAUGCACGUAAAGUGAAAGAUGCCAAUUACAUUCCAGAUAGCUACUCAGAGUGUUACCCAGGGUAAGUCAUUUAUUUUUAAGGAGUUCACUGAGCCAGUCUUGUUCUUACCUUUAUGUUGCAUUCUGUUGACUGCUGCUAUGAAAGUUGUGUUUGAAAGGUCUAUGUUUGAGCUCAGGCCAGGUUCUUGAUGUACAAUAAAAUCAUGAAAUUUUUUCAUGAUUUCUUUGUUUUGACUGUUCUCUGCCCCUUUGUGCAACUUCAUGACAACAUUGUCCAAAAUUUAUGAAUUUUUAAUUAGUGCAGGCAGUAUCAAAACAGGCAAUCCCAAGUGGACAAGAUGAGGCCCGCUUGCCUAGCCAAUCACAACACAGGAUUUGGUUCAUCUUGCCCACAGGCGCUGCCUGCUCUAAUAAUUCAAGUUUUUGACCAUGCACAAGGUCAUCAAGUAGUAUCAUGGGAAAUUAGAUGGAAAAAAAAAUGUGUCUAAAAGCAUGGACAACAGAAAAAAUUUAUUUUAGAUGAUCCCAGUGUUUACAACUAUUUAUUUGGUACAUAAUGUUCUUUUUCUUGUCUAGUGCCGUUGAUGUGCCCUAUGACAGUGAUGAGGAGGCAGAUUACAGUAAAAUGGAUUUGGUAUGUGAUAAGCUUAGUGCUAGUUCCAGUUUCUUCCUUUAACAUAAGAUGCAAAUGGGAAAGAGGUUUGCCUUUGGAAUGGAUGCCUGUUUUGUCCCCAAAUCAACUUGAUUUAUCAAAAGCAAGCACCUGACAUCUAUAUUUAUUUUAAGUAGGACUGGAAUCACUAUUCACACUUAUGUUACCCUAGAAAAAAACUCUUUUGUUGAGUUUUUUUUCUUUUUUCAUCUAACAUUUAAUUUGCAUUGUAUCAGUUUGGAAAAUAGCAUAACCUUGAAUUUUAUUUUGUGAUUAAAAUAUGGAGUCAGAAUGAUUGAAUAUUUCCAAAAAAAAUCAGAGCAAGGGAACAGAAAGUUUAAACUGAUCCUUUAGAAACAGCUUUAUAUUGGGAGAUUUAUGAUCAUCAUACAUCUGGAUUUGCUCAUUUUCAAACCUUUAUCUUUUUCUAUCAGUUAGUUUGCGAUAGCUUUGAGCUCUUCUGGUUCACUACUAAUUAAAACAACCGUCACCGUAUCAGAAAUUACUCUAAACUUAACUUUCUAAUUAAAGUUAAUAUACAUACAUUAGAUAAAAAUAAAAGAGAAAUACUGAAAUACUUUUGAUCUGUUAAUAAUUCCAGAGUUUUUUUAACUAAUGUAAAAUUGAAGAUGUAAUUUUAAAAGUUGACAAAAAUGGUUUUGAGAACUAUUUGUAGUGGACAAAUACGAAUUGAAACCAAACUUCAUGAACCCUUUAAAUGGUAACAGGAUUGUCUGGCUGGAACUUUGCAUGGCCGAAAACACUUUGCACCAUUUGUUAGUACUUUUCAGUUACAUUCUUUGUUAGGUAUUUUGUUGUUUGUUACAAUAACUCUCUUUGUAAUAAUUUAUGCACUUUUAAAUUUACAGAAGUGAUUUUACAUUGAUUGAAAUUUAUUUUGUAUGAUUAUUUUUUGUUAAAUUUGUUUAUUUGUUUGUCUGUCUUUUUUUCCCUCAAUGCUUGCACAUGUUUACUUUCAGUUGUCCACUCUUAGCCCAGUGAUGGGUGUUGCAAUUUAUUUUGACACAAGUUUGAUACACUGAGCACAUUGAACUUUCUGAGUACUCAAACAACUUUGAAAUAAGAUAAUUUCUAAUUGGUUUUAUCAGCCGAGUUGACAAUGUAAAUUUGGACACUGCAGAGAGUUUUGAAAGCUGACAUUUUGAGUGUUAGCCCCUUGUCAGAGUGAACAUUGAAAUAAUUCACUGACUAAACUUGCAAAAAAACACAAAUCAUUGAUUUAAUGAUAAUUAAUGAUAAAAAUGAUGAUGAAAAAUUAAACUUAAGCAAAAUAAAAAGAAAUAACUAAAGGUUCUGGCCAAAAAUUUCAUGUUAAAGUGCAUGACAACCUCCUGUUGUUGCCCUUUGUUCAUAAGUAUCAUCCCUUGUCCUAUCAUAAUAAAAAAAUUAAAGAUAAGUUAACUUCAGUUCAGACACCUUCUGUGAGCCAGCAAUACAUUUACUAGACUUUUCCUUGCAUUAUGCUGUACAAAACUCAAUUGUUAAUUGUUAAAAUUAAUUGUUGGCAGUGUUUAAAUCACCUAUAUUAUGAAGUAACUAAAUUUAUGUAAUGAAACAAAUAGUUAAAAUGAAAUAAAACGAGGUUAACAAUCCCAACAAGCAAGAGAGAAACAAAUACGUUGUUUUUAAAAUGGUUUAGGACUUAAACUAGAGCCUCUAGAUUGCAAAUUUAUUUUAAUUGGUGUGACCAUGUCAUCUUUCAGGGUAACAAGAAAGGUCCUAUUAAAAGAUGGGACUUUGAGACAGAAGAGGAUUAUCACAGCUAUAUGGAAAGUAGGGAAGCUCUUCCAAAGUAAGUAUCUUUUGUUGUACUUAUUGUGCUUUAGUUGAUGUCAAAGAUGUAUCUUUUUGUUGGUUGUUUUAAUAGUAACCUAACAAUGCUCUGAACUGAAUUCCCCCUACUUCAAUUGACCAAUCAAAAUUGACUUAAGUCUCUUUUGUUUGAUGCUACUUGAGUAACAACAAGAUGAACUGAUGAAUCAGUGCACACAAAACUGACUAACUGAACAGGUAAUCAACUCCUCACUAGACCCUGAUGAUGACGUCUGCUCAGGUUGUGGAAAUGUUAGUUGCUGUCAUGUGUCAGAGUCCAUGCUAAAUCUACUCUCACUGAAUGAACAGAUGUCAUUUCUUGCGAGCUUUUGAUCAUAGUGAUAAAUUAAUUCCAUCCAAUUGUUGAGUAGACAAUUACUUGUGACAAACUAUAAUCAUAAUAAAAAUAAGAGGUGAAACUGUUCUUUAUGGCUAUAAAUUUUCAAUCCAGUACUUAUUUUGGGUCUGCAAAAUGUUCACUGAUGAAAAGUAUACUAAUGGAGACAAAGGAGAGGGUAUAUAUUAAGAGGUGCUGUGAAAUUAGAGGCUGCAUGCAUGCUUCACCUUGCCAGACUAACUUUGCCGGACAAAACUUUUAUCUUGCAGGGCUGCCUUUCAGUUUGGAAUUAAGAUGUCAGAAGGACGCAAAACACGGCGUGCUGGACCCAAAGAUGAGAAGGCUAAAUUAGACAGGGACUGGCAAAAAAUCAGUCAGGUACAGCUCAACUCUCUCUACAGUUUCAUUUGAAUGCACAUCAAUAACAGAAAUUAAUCAACAAUUUGUUUAUUCCCCUAUGAUCAGUAAUCACAAAGUAAUUUUUAAAAUUUUGUUGAGCAGUAGUAAUUAUUAGUGACUCAUGGGUUACAGACAGCUGAUACUUUUUCUUGAUGUAGCAGAAUAAUAGGUAUCAUAUUUUCUUUCUCAUUUUUAUUUUUCAUCAUUAGAUGUUGAGUAAAAGGAAAGGAGAGGAAGGGUAAGUUGCCCAAAACUUGGAAAAAGACAUGUAUUUUCAAAAAAUGAAACAACAACAAAAUUUAUAAAUGAAAUACGGUGAAGUCUGAACACAGCAAAACAAAUCUUACUUUUAUGUGGCUCACAAAUUACAUAAGUAUAAUAAUUGAAUGAAAUGGAAAUUUUAUCAUCAUGACCUAUCACAGUUCUAUUAAUAAAGGAAACCUGUAGAGCAGCUUUAGCAUAAAAGAAGCCCAACUUUAAUUGCAGUCAUGGUGAAUUUUUUACUUCUUUUUUAAAUUAUACAACAAUAAAGCUGUGGCUGCAUGAUUAGUUCUUACUUAUUAUCAAUUGGAAGACAUGAUCAUAGAGGAUGUCACCAUGAACAACACUUUGCUGGCUGCUUCUUGUGUGCCAUUUUUGUUUUUACUGCAUUUUGACAUCACCUGUAAUCUGUUACCAAACAGACACAUGGCAACAUGGAAUCUAUUUGUUAAUCCCUUAACUCCCUAGAUUGCACUAGUAAUUCUCCUUACUGUCUGCCAGACAAUUCUCAUGAUGUUAGUUUUGAGAAUUUGGUAUUGGAUCUACUAAUAAUCCCCCAUUUUUCUUUAUUCUCAUCACUUGUCUGCUUGAUAUUGUAUUGAUAUUGUAAGGAGAAAGUCUGCCUUGGUCACCCAUGGGAGUCAAAUGGUUAAUGCUGAACUGGUGUCCAAUCUAAUAAAAAUUAUCCAGAUUUUAUAAUUUAAUGAAUCAGCCAUGCCACAGCGAAUGUAUUAAUUGUAGCUAGUGGUUCAAUGAAACAUAUAAGUAUUUGUAACUAUUCUUAACCAAUUGUCUUUUAGGAAAGGAGACUCGGAUGGCAAGAGAAGAAAGCACAGGGAUUAAGCAAGUUAUAAAUUUGGAAGCAUCAAGUGCUUAGAUUUUUUAUUGUGCUCUUCAUGUAACACACUCGUGACUGCCCCUUCAUUACAGUGUAGAAAGUCUAUAUUAAUUAACUUCGUAAAAUAGAACUUUUGGAUUGUAAAAGUUUAAACUUUGAUUAAAAUUUCUAUGUAAAGUUGUGAUGAGAAUCUGGUAGUGAUCAACUUGAAGGUAAUGCCAAAACAAAAACAACCCAUCAGCAGAUAAAGUUGUUGAUUUUCAUCAUCUGUUUUCAAUGCAACUUAUUAAAAUCCUAAGGAGAAGUUAAAUGCUGUUCGGAAAUAGGGAAUAAGCUUGCUAGGAGAUAGUUUGUGGGAGUUCACCAUGUUAUGUGGUGCAACUGAAAGUGUUGGUAAAGAGAAGAACUGUUCAGUUAAGAUUCAGUGCUAGGCCAUUCUUAGCUGAUAGUUUACACUGAAGCAACUCCUUGUAGUCUUUGCAAUGUCACAGCUCUCCAAGCUGUGUGAUGGUUUAAGUCACCACGGAGAACAUAAAAAUUGUUGGUGGGUAGAUUUUCUGCAAUAGUUACCAAUUUGAAGACCUGAUUUCCCUACAUUGUAGUGAUUGUAGCUCUCAGUUAAAGUAAGAUAAAUCCAUUUUAAACGUAAUGUUUCAAAGAAAAUUCCAUUAAACUUUCUGUUUUCAAAGACAAGCAGUGUGGCUAGCAGUCCAGCAUGUCAAGCACUAUUUCACAAUUUUUUUCUCAGGUGGCAAAAAUUUUUUUGUCAAAAAAUGGUGACUUUGAAAGGUGCUGAGCCUGGAGUUCUGCAUCAUUUUGUAAUAUUACAAACAGUGCAUUAUGUUGAGUACUGCAAUAUUAUAAUAAAGUUUGACUGAAAUUAGUCUGUGUACCCUCAAUUUUUUAGAAAUAGUCUUCCAAUGUUUUAGAGUUUGCUAAAUCCCUAUUUAUCUCUGUAUGUCGGUUGGAACUGACAGAAAAUUGUACUUACACCUAAAAUGCAAAAGGUUGACACCUGAAAAGCAGGAUCCAUGAACCACGAGGCCCAUCAGCUUCAUAGAAAAAGCUAAUACUGCUAUUACUGAUACUUAAUCAGUGAUUCACUUUAAUUUCUAGCUAUGCAUGCAAAACCUUUGGUGUUCAGAUGAUCCUUUUUUCCAGUUAAGUGUGGAUAGAUUUAAUCACUCACCACAUGCAUGUCAAUGACUUGAGUACACAGAGAGCCAUAGGGUCUCACUGAUCAUUGCAAAUGCUUUUUCAGGUGUCAAUGAUUUAGCUUGUCAACAUGGAAAAUCCUAUAAAGCUAAGAAUUUAGAGAGUUUGUCACAGAAAACCCCUAAAAGCCUAUUGAGAAAGACAUGCCGUUUGUUAUUCCACAUGGGAUUAUGUAAGUGUGGAAUGUGUGUAGGAACAACUGUUCAUAGUCUAUUAUGUUUCACUAAGACUUUACAAAGUAAAAAUUUCAAGAAAAUGUUUGAGUACAACUCAAUGUUAACAAGAAUCAAAAAAGUGUAAAAAAAUUAAAGAGUUGAAAAACUUCUAAUCUGAAAUAAAUACAACUGUAAUUAGGGUGAUGCAACAGACAAACUUUGCUUCGAUGGAAAACCAUCAAUACUAGUAAAAUCAAUCACAAUCUGGCAUUUCCUUG